AUGUCUCAUUCGCCGGAUUUGGGGAGAGUAAACCCACAGCCCUUGUUCCAGUCGUCGGAACGCUCUCAGUAUACAUUUCCACCUCCAAUCCAGCCAUAUUCACAAACUUAUUCACAGACUUACACCUCUGCACUAAAGCCCGAUGCACUUCGCUCAACUUUUCCACCUUUCGAACAAUCAUACUCUGCAUCGAACAUAGCCGUUGGCGAUAGAUUAAGCCAUGUUUCCUUUAUUAAUACGAUAUACCAGAAGAAAAAGUUGCAUGAGCCGCCAAACUACGAAUUCACACAACAAAACGGUCAGUUUCUGGCAACAUUAAGUUUUUUCGGCAAGACCUUUCGCGGCGAGACAUUCAAGCCGAAGAAACAAGAUGCGAAAGAAGAGGUAGCUCGAGUAGCCGUCCGAGAAUUACGACAAAUGGAACCACGCCUGGUUGAUGACAUUGAGAGGGAGUUAGAACGAUCAACAAGGACGACAAAAUCACAGAGACGUGUAGAGACGAGUUCGCUAAAAUGUGAAACAUGGCUAAAGAAACAAGACAAAAACAAAAGAUCUUGCGUAUCACUUCUCGAGUUCUGUCAAACUUUUAAAUAUGGAAGUCCAACAUACAAACAAUCUCACGAUUUCCAGGGCAAUUAUAUCUUUGAAGUAGAAGUAGGAAACAAACGAUUUAAAAGUCCUCACGCCAUGUUUAGUAAAAAAGAAGCACAAGAUCUUGCAGCGAAGAUAGCACUUGAGGCUCUGUUCAAGGAACAGCAAAAAAAAGAGUUCGAUGAACAAGAAAUGUUUAAACAACCUAGCUAUGCUUCGGGACUCGCGGGCCGAGACAUUUUCGAUACAUAUUCAUAUACUGAAACUGAAAAGCUAUACGACCAUAGCGGUCGGCCAUCUUGUUCUUACGCUGGUACAGAAAACGUCGAACCAGUUUUUCCAACAGUUUCUGGCACCUCAGUUCCUGGAUGUGCUCCGAUAGGACAAUUGUUUAAUCGACCGGUUGAGCGCGAUUCCACAACUGCAAAUUCAUCAUUCUAUUCCGUUCCUAUCGGUGUAUCGAUGGAGAGUGUCAGAAACGAGGACCGCGUUCCGUUUGCACCUAGCUUAACGUCCAGUGGUCUUGGCCCUCCCCCAAGGAGCGAAAUAGUGGAACCCAUGACAUCAAAUAUGUAUGUGCCUCAUAUGCCAACACAACCUCCAUCGGCGUCUUCGAUGCACAGUGUGCCGCAACCUUUUAUGUCUUCGCCGAGUCCGAGCCCAUAUUACAUGCCACCAGCAUUCAGCGCAGCCCCUGCAAACCCAACGUAUAACCCUUCUUACACAUAUUCUAAUACACCAAAGAAGAGAUAUGUCAGUCUUCUUUACGAGGCUGCGCAAGCACGCAAGUGGGAACCGCCCAAUUUUACUAUGCAUAGUACUUCGAAUGGUGGUUUUAUUGGCGAGGUGAGGUUCAUGGGACACAUAUUUCGGGGGAGGAACGCGUUUCCUAAGAAAGCAGAAGCCAAGGAGAACAUAUCUGAAGUUGCAUAUAAAUUUUAUGUGGAUAAUCUUAAUAAGCAAAUGCUGUAA